AUGAUCCUCCAGUUUCUAUACCUGGCCAUCCUGGCUCUCUUUGCAGCCUUCUUCCUGGCCAGAACAAUCUACCGUCUCCACUUCCACCCGCUCAGCAGAUUCCCCGGCCCCAAACUGACAGCAGCAACCGGCCUCGUCGAGAUCUACCACGAUGUCGUCCGGGGCGGAAAGUUCCUCUGGGAAAUGGAGAAGAUGCAUGAGACAUACGGCCCCAUCGUCCGCAUCACCCCCCACGAAAUCCACAUCAAAGACUCCUCCUACUACGACUCCAUCUACACCAACAGCAAGAAACUGAACAAAGACCCCAACUUCGUCGGACUCUUCGGCUCCCCACAGUCUAUGAUCGCCACCGUCGACCACGCCCACCACCGCUUCAGACGCGGCAUCCUCGCCAGCUUCUUCUCCAAACGCUCCAUCACAGCCCUGACCCGCCGAAGCGCAGCAUUCGCAGCAUUCGCAGCCCUCACAACUGAUAUAAUCACGCACUACUCGUACGGCGAGAGCUUCGGCUUCCUCGAUUCGGAGAGUUUCCGGAGUGAAGUGCGUGUGGCGAUUAUGGAGACUGAGGAGCUGGACCACAUCACGCGUCUGUUUCCAUUUGUGUUGACCGUCAUGAGGCCCUGCUACGGCGGUGGUUGCGAUGAUACGGAGCUCGGAGCUGGGGUUAUGGAUGGAGGUGUUACUCUGGCUCAGCUUGAACAGCUGCCGUACCUGACUGGAGUGGUCAAUGAAGCACAGCGCCUUUCUCACGGACUUGUUAUACGCUCUCCGCGAGUUUCACCUACAGAGGCCCUAAUGUACAAGAACUACAGCAUUCCCCCCGGAAACCCCCUAGCCAUGUCCAGCUACUUCGUCCACAUGGACCCGACCCUCUUCCCUGACCCGACAGUCUUCAACCCAGAUCGCUGGAUCGAAGCCACCAAACGAGGCGACAAUCUAACGCGAUUCAUCACUGCCUUUAGCAAGGGGACCAGACAAUGCGUGGGCAUAAACCUCGGCUACGCAAAGCUGUACUUGACCCUUGCGUACUUUGCAAUCUUCUUCGACUACGAGCUGCAUGAGACGACCGAGGAGAAUAUCACUGUCGCGCGAGACCGCGGGGUCCCGUUUCUGGAGAAGGGGCAUUUGAUGGUGAAGGCGAAGGUUGUCAAGGUCCUUCGUAAUCCCUAUGCUGCGUAACUGAAUAACAGCGGUAAAGCGAGAAUUAGC